CUGUUCGUUCUUCGUCAUAACUGGAACCAUACCGUCUCCAUAUUUCCUUUCUAAUUCACAAUAAAAACGUUUUUUUAAGCCGCAGACGACGAACUGAGAGGUAAAUUGUUCUUUAUAUGUCUUUAGUAACUUUCCUAUUCGAUAUAGAAAUGAUGAAUUUUAUCGUAUUAUUAUCUAAUCAAAAAAUAUAUGCCGCAAUAUCUUAAUUAGUAAUGUCGGAGGAGCAAUCUGCCCCCUUUUCUCAACCCCAGGCCUUUUGGAAUAAGCGCUGGGUUCCACCAAGCAGCAUAUUUCGAGAAUCACUAUCCCCUUUGCAACAUGAACUUCAUGAUUUUAUUUUUCGAAAAGUCCGUGGCAUUCUCAACAAGCUUACGCCGCAGAAAUUUGACAAGCUAAGCUUCGAGUUGUUGCAUGUUGGCAUCGAUUCCCAAACCAUCUUAGCUGGAAUAAUCUUACUCACGUUCAAACGUUUACUAUUAAAUAAGUGCCAAGAUGAAUUUGAAAAUAGAAGAAAGGAUACAGAAAGAUUGGAGAAAGGAGGAGCGAUUCUCACUGAUGAGGAGAUGGAGGAGUUGCAUAUUGCGAAGCGUAAAAUGCUCGGAAAUAUCAAAUUUAUAUGCGAACUCGGUAAGUUGGAUAUGGUUCACGAAGGCGUACUGCAUAAAUGCAUCAAGCAAUUGUUGGAGAAGAAAAAGAGUAGUAACGUUAAUGAUAUGGUAGAAGACUUAGAAUGUUUAUGUCAAAUUAUGAAAACUGUUGGCCGUCGCCUCGAUACGAAACCUGCAAAACAAUGGAUGAAUCAGUAUUUCGAUAGAAUCGAAAUGUUUAUGAAGAGCAAAGAAUUACCACCCAGAGUUAGAUUUUUACUACAGGAUAUAGUUGAAUUGCGUUCUCAUCAUUGGAUUCCAAGGGAGUCCUAUAGGGAUAAUGGACCUAGGACUAUAGUUCAAGUUCGGGAAGAAGCUGCUCGAGAUGGCCUCUUUAUUUCGAAUAGCUCAUAUUCUUUACAUAAUUCAAGCACGCCCAUAAACUUGGUUUCGUGUCAAGCAAGACUUCAGCAGGAGCGUGCCAAGAAAAUUAAUGAUCUUUUUCAUAAUUCUGGCCCGAAUAGCUUGUCAAAUUUCAGUUUAUAUUCCGAUGCGGGAAUUAUUUCUAACGAGUCAAUUAUAUCAAAACAGAUGUUUGAUGAUUCGAGAAAUAAUCACCGUAUGAACAAUAGAAUGUAUAAUAAUCAGUUGAAAAACAAUCGAAAUAUGGGUUCUAGAUACCAGCAGCGUAUCUCGAACGGAGAUGAUGAAGAAUCUAACGGUUCUCUUCAAAAUGGUAAGGAUACUGUCUCAUUAAGGCCAUCUGGGCGUGUUUUUAACGUCCUUAAGCCUGCUGGUCCUACCGCUUUACCAAAAUCUGCUCAAGAGCCAUCCAGUUCGGAGAAGACUGAAACUACACCAACUGCCCCCAUGAUCCAUAAGCAAGGAACUAUAACAAUACGUCAAACAGUUAAAAAAGUCACUAAUAAACAACAAGUUACCGAAACAAUUCGUUCAAUAUUCACAGCUGUGAAUGAUGAUAAAUUUGCUGAAAUCGAAAAACUUAUUAACGAUAAUAAAUGCUUAAAGAAAUUUCUAGAUGAGCUAAUUAUCAACUUAUGUUUGGCAACAAUUGCAAAACAGAAUGUAAAGAUAAUACUACAGGAAGAUAGAGAAGAAUUGCUUAUAUCUGUAGUGGUAUUUUUGAUGAAUUCAAGUUUUUUAACCUCAGAUCCUCUACAAAAUGCUUUAAAAGUUACUUUGGCUAAAUUAGAAGAGAAUGAAAAUAAUAACGAAUUUUAUAAAUUGCCGUUAUUAUGCGCAAAUUUGUUAAUACUCGAUAAUGCUGUAUUAACUUUAAAAAAUGUUACGGAUAUGACGCAAUCGUCUCAAAUUCGUCAACAAUUUAUUCUUAAUCUCUUCCAAUGUUUGGUUCAUUUAAAGAAUAAGUCCUGGUUGAAGAAUUUUGUUGAUUCCUCUAAUUUUGAUUUUAAAUUUCUUUUAAAUGGUGCAGACGAUAUUAAUUUAGUGGACAUUUUACAAGAGAGGGAAUUAGAUUUUCUGGUACCCUUUCUGAUUUUUGAAAGGUCUUUAAAGAAGAAAUUAACAGAAGAAAAUUACGAUCCUAAUUCAUUGUCUGACUGGGUUGAGGAAAAUACAGACAUCUCUAAGGAAGAAAGACCAAAAUUUGUUUCUGUACUCGUCAAAUGUAUUAUGGAAUACGUAACGACUAGAACAAGUACUGUUAACGGUAUAGAUUGCGAAUCGGCAGUGUCCAAAAAGUCACAUUGCGAUGACGAAAAGGCACUUUUAUCGAGCUUCAAACCUGUUCUAUCAAGAUUUAUAGGAGAUGAUGUUGAGCUACAAAAAUUUACUUUAUACGCAACUCAGCUAUUCGCUUAUGAAAAAUCAUUUCCCAAAGGCUUAAUAUUACGGCUUUUCAUGCAACUAUACAACGAGGAAAUUGUGGAAGAGGACGCUUUCUUCCAAUGGAAAGAGGAAGUUAAUGAUGAAUAUCCGGGGAAAGGGCAGGCACUGUUUCAAGUCAAUCAGUGGCUUACUUGGUUGGAAGAAGCCGAAUCAGAAGAAGAGGAUGAAGAAGAGGCGGAUUAA